UGUUUAAUUGGACCUAAGCCGUUUGGAUUUGUUGUGGUAUUCGCACACCGGUUCUGUCAUGUCGGCUCGAGCAGCGCACUGAACGCACACACUCGGCUACCGGCGUCGUUGCCCCUCCUUCGGAUUUCCACGCACCUCUGCUUUUUUUUUUGAAUGGAUUAAUCUUAAAACGGGAACCCGAAAGUUGUGCGUCAACGGCCAAAUGAAGGGAGUGCUGGGCUAUCCGCCAUGUCAGCCUCCCAUCGUGCCGUGUCAGCUAGCACGGCUAGCACGGCGUAUUAGCUCCGCUCUUGUAGCUCUGCGUGACGUUCGCCGUUUCCAUGGCGUCCUUUUAUGUCCCGCCAACGGUCGUCCACGCAGGGGUUUCAGCCUCGUCGAGGCUCGAAACUAUCGCCGCAGUCGAAGUCCUGGUCCCAUAAAACGCUUUAAAUGUAUAAUGAACAGUUUUUAUUACAAUUGAACGGCGCUGCGUGCUACAGGCCUAGCCGCUACAUGCUAACCAAUGUGAGUCGGUAACGGAGAAAGUGGGCGGGGACAGUUGCUUCCAACCAGGAAAUCUGCAUCUUCAAAUCACUUGGAAAUAAACGUUUGGACGUGGAAAACUAUAUAGGAGCAAUGAACUAUGACCAUUGUUGACAGAUCCUCCGAAAACUCUGACCACGAGUCAGUCGGUUGCAACAGAUCCCCCUUCACCAGUGGAGACGGGAUGGACAGCAGCUGUUCCAGCAGCUGGGCAGUGGGCCCCACCCUCCCCAGUGACUCUCCACGGCUAAAGGGUCCAGGGAGCUGCUUGGGCCCAACGCCUGGUGCUGCUGUCUACAACAAUACUCCUUCCUCUGUGGACCGAUCCAAAGAGCAAGUGUUAAGCAGUGGCGAUGGCAUCGACAUGCCACAGAAGGUCCUCUUCCCUCCCGAGCGCCUCAGCCUAAAGUGGAACCAGGUUCAUCGUAUCGGUGCAGGCCUGCAGAACAUGGGCAACACUUGCUUCCUCAACUCAGCCUUGCAGUGUCUCACCUACACGCCCCCGUUUGCUAACUACAUGCUGUCGAGGGAGCACUCCAAAACAUGUCACGAGCCGGUUUUCUGUAUGAUGUGCACCAUGCAAAACCACAUCAUUCAAGUUUUUGCCAACUCGGGGAACGUCAUUAAGCCCAUUGGCGUACUAAAUGAGCUGAAAAGGAUUGCAAAGCACUUCCGCUAUGGAAGCCAAGAAGAUGCUCAUGAAUUCAUUAGGUACACGGUGGAUGCUAUGCAAAAGUCCUGCUUACCUGGAACCAAAUUGGACAGGCAAUCGCAGGCAACCACUUUCAUUCAUCAGGUAUUUGGUGGCUACCUGAGGUCCAGAGUUAAAUGUUUGAACUGCAAAGCAGUCUCUGACACAUUCGACCCUUUUCUGGAUAUCACUCUGGAAAUCAGAAUUGCACCCAGUGUCUCAAAAGCCCUGGAGCAGUUUGUCAAACCAGAGCAGCUGGACGGAGAGAACGCCUACAAAUGCUCCAAGUGCAAAAAAAUGGUCACGGCCUCAAAGAGAUUCACCAUCCAUCGCAAUUCCAACGUGCUCACUCUGUCCCUGAAACGCUUUGCAAACUUCAGUGGAGGAAAACUCACGAAAGAUGUGAAAUAUCCUGAGUACCUGGACCUGCGGCCCUUCAUGUCCCAGUCCCAAGGAGAGGCGCAGCUCUACGGGUUGUACGCUGUGCUUGUACACUCUGGUUUCAGCUGUCAUGCUGGACACUACUUCUGCUAUGUUAAGGCAAGCAAUGGUCAGUGGUUUCAAAUGAACGAUUCCUCUGUAACUGUCAGCGACAUCCGGUCUGUUCUUAACCAGCAGGCUUAUGUCCUUUUCUACAUUAAGACCUGCGAAGGAAAAAAAGGAGGAGACUAUGGUCACAUGAGCCAUAAUUCAGCCGUUCCUGGUCAGUCAUCUCCCAGGCCUGUCGUUAUUCCCCGCAUCAACACAACCGUCCAUCACAACAACAAUGUCGGCUUCAUUGGGCCACAGCUGCCCCCACACUUGGCCAAGAAUUCCCUCCACAUAAAUGGGAGUGGAACUCUGAGGGACUAUCCCAAGCCCAGCACCAGCUGCAGUGCUGUUGGAAAACCAAACCACAGUGUGGCCUCCUCCUCCUUCUCCUCCUCCUCCUCCUCUUCCUCCUCCUCUUCCACUUCUUCCAUCUCCCACUCAGCCAGCCAACCUUCAGUGAUCCCAGACCAAGACAAGCGCCUAAAGCUGUCAUUUAGCAUUGGGCAAAGCAAACUGAAUCGGGCAGCCCCUCCCUUAUCUUCUGCCAGCAGCUCCUCUGCCUCCGCCUCCUCGUCCUCUAGCUCCUUAGCCUCCUCGCAGUCUACCUCAGAUGCUUAUUUCAUCCCUCGUCAGAUUAACCAUGUCAACGGCACGCCACGUUGUAAUGGAGAACAGCAGGGUGGCGGUAAUGGAGCGUCCUUCCUGGUGCCGUACAGCCAAGAGUCUUCAGAGGAGUCUGACCAGGAGAACGGCGGCUCUUUGGAUAAUGGCUGCUCAGUAAAGGGUCACUUGAAUGGAAAUAAAAAAACAAGGGAUGACCAAUCAGCCAACGGGGAGUUAGAAGUUCACCACAACGGAAACUGUUUAAACGGAUUUACACACAGUAUCUCUAAACCCAGUCAGAACGGGCACCAUAAUGGACAUCGCAAAGUCAACGGGCAUAAUAGUUUUGAAAAGGUAUCUGCUAGUUAUGAUUGCAGUUUUCCGUCUGAGGCGACUGUCACUGUGAAUGGACUGGGAGAUGAACACUUUUACUCAAGCAAACAGGAGGACCAGCCCACUUCUGUUCAGAAGAUCCUAACUGCUGCAAGUGAAACCCAGCACACCUCUCCUGACAUAAGGGCUACAGGUGGAUCUGAUCCGCUGUUUCAGCAAACAGCCUCCAACAAUACCGAUGUUUCCAUUAAAAGCAGUUCCUCGGCAUCGAAUGAGUCUGUGUCCACCAGUCCUACAGCCUUAACCACCUCGCCAGACUCCUCCCUCAGUACCAGUGGAGUCUCUGCAGCGCUGCAGAAAGUUAGCAUUUGUGCUGAUGAAGGCGUGGACGUAUCGUUGACCAAUGGUUCAUCAAAGUCCUCUGAGGGGCAUACUGACCUGAAAGAGCAGCACCAGUCCAGUCCCCCUUCUAGGACCUAUGACAGACGGUCGUCCCGCGAAAGAGGGAGUACUCAGCCAUACUCGUCUGACUGGAGCAGGGACAGAGAGAGACACUAUAGGGACCGGAGUCAGGGGCGGGACAGUCAUCGUUACAGACGGGACUACAGAGACAUCUACCGCCGCUCAUACAGGGAUCAGGACUAUUACCACAGGGACUGGGAGCGGCGCUCUCACUACCCCAGAGAACGGGGCCGUGACAGGGGCUCGCAGCAUUACCAUUACAAUCACCACCACCGAGGACGGGAAGACCGCGGCUACCAGCGCAGAGGCUACGGUCACGCCCACCGCGAGGAGUCGAGCAGUCGCUGGAAGCGGGAAUAUCGCGGCGUGAAGGACAAUGUUAGGGAAAGGGACUACUACCAGUCGUCUGCGACGAUGCCGGAAUCCUACAAGUCGAAGAGCUCACCGCAUCGGCACGCUCCUGUGUGGGAGGAUCAGAAUCACAAUAGGAGCGGCCGUUCUGCAAGCUCUGAGGAGUACCAUAGCAAGAAACACAAAAAGAGCAAGAAAAAGAAGAAUUCCAAGGAUAAAGAGCGUUAUCGUGACAGUGGAAGCUCCGACCAAGACUCAGACAGAGCCUAUGAACUCAAGAAGAAGAAGAAAAAGAGGCGGCAUCAGAGUUCGCAGCACAGUCCGGACUACCGUAGCGAAGAAAGGGAGAACCGCAAGCGCCGUCACUCUGACACGACCAACACCAGAGGCGAUGACAACGGUUGUUCGCCGGAGAAAUGCCGCCGCAUCGACUAUGCCGAUGCCAAUCGCGGUCACCUGGUCCCCUCACACAGCACCUCCCCCGCUGCAGCUGCUCAAGGUCCAUCUCACAGCCACCUUAAUGGAUACACAGGAAACGGUUACAGCCAGGCCAACGGUGUUUUCCACUGAUGAUUCAGUGAAUUGAGCUGUAAAAUGAAGCACUGGCUACCCUCCCGCCCCUCCCUGCCGGUACACACAGCAGAGGAAUGAUUCUUCGACGUGGUGCUUCGUUGGGAGUAAUCGUAUUUUUACCACAAGUAAUGUGUUUUAAAUGUUCACUUUUUAAGGCAUUGAUUGAGUCACAGUAACUCUCCUACUGCCGUUUUUGACAUAACAUGAAGACAGAUAUUAAUAUAUAUACAUAAUAUGAACACAAACAAAGCCUGGAGCUUAAACACAUCUCAACUGCUGCUCAGUGGAACUCAGGACUUGGGAAAGAAAACUCCUCAUCAUCCUCCUCUCGCUUCACGUUUGAUUGGAACGAAACAAAGGGAAACCAAUGUGCUGCUGAAGAGGAGCUGGGAAGGUGGGCGCCACAUGAUGAUUUUGAGUUUUAUUUUCUAUCAUCACCACUGGCUGCCCGCUAACAAACGCCCGCGGGCCAAAGCGUCAUUCUGAAGACACAAAACGAGCAAGGCCUCGCUUACUGAUGCCUCCUUGUCAUUACCUGGACAGACUUGAGAACAUUUCCCAGCUUUUCCUUUCAUUGUUUUGUGAAGCCUAACAUUCACACUCUUUGGUUAUUUACGUCAUUCCUGCGUGUCUCAGCUCACAAAAAAAUGUGCAUACAAAAUGUAAUCACAGCUGUGUGGGACCAUCGGUUUGCUUUUAAAAGGAGAGGGGGUGUCCAGUUCUCGUCUUCUAGCAUCAUAAGGAAUACUGUGAAUUUAAUUUUUGAACUGUACUAUCAGUUAUUUUUAUAUACAAAACUCCUGUAUCAGGAUUAUAAAUAGAUGUGCUUCUGUUUGUUUUUGGUUUUAGGCAAACUCGUUUUUCAGACUAAAUUCAGUCAUGAGUAUGGAUUGUGAACGCUUGUGUUAUUCCUUUAAUUUAGCAUGUCAGCAUUUAUACAUUGUACAAGGUAAAUGCCUUAAAAUACAUUUGGUAAUGUCAGAAA